GUCCAGCUCAGUGUUUUGGUUGUAGCAGAGGCGAGAGAUUGUCUCUUAGAUUUUGUAGAAUUAGAGCAUGGAUUGUCCCUCUCCAGCCUUUCGGUCCCCCUUUUUGAGGCCAUGGAUGUCGAAAAGUGGUGCUGCUGCGUCCAGUGGCGGCGGUAGCAUGGGCCUUAAAGGUGUCAUUGCAGGUGGCAUCACGGGCGGCAUCGAGAUCUGCAUCACCUUCCCGACGGAGUACGUGAAGACGCAGCUGCAGUUGGACGAGAAGAGCGGCGGCGCCCGACAGUACAACGGCAUCGGGGACUGCGUCAAGAAGACCGUCCGGAGCCACGGCGUCCUCGGGCUGUACAGGGGCCUCUCCGUCCUGCUCUACGGCUCCAUCCCCAAGUCGGCCUGCAGAUUCGGAGCCUUCGAACAGUUAAAGAAACACAGCGUAGAUGAGAAGGGGAACUUGUCUCCCGGAAAAAGAUUACUGUGUGGCCUGGGUGCUGGCGUUACAGAGGCUAUCUUUGCCGUCACGCCAAUGGAGACGGUCAAGGUGAAGUUCAUCAAUGACCAGCGUUCUGCCAAUCCAAGAUACAGAGGCUUCUUCCAUGGGAUCAAGUGCAUUAUUGCAGAGCAGGGUAUCCGUGGAACAUAUCAGGGUGUGACGGCGACCAUCAUGAAGCAAGGCUCCAAUCAGGCUAUGCGAUUCUACGUUAUGGAAACAUGUAAAAACUAUUACAGAGGAGGAGACCCCAGUAAGCCCGUCCCCAAGCUUAUUGUCGGCUUGUUUGGAGGCUUAGCUGGUGCUGUGUCGGUAUUUGGCAACACGCCCAUUGAUGUGGUGAAGACGAGGAUGCAAGGACUGGAGGCAAGCAAGUACAAGAACACUUUCGACUGCUUUGCCCAGAUCUGGAGGAACGAAGGCCCUAAAGCCUUCUACAAGGGAACAGUGCCUCGCCUGAGUCGCGUGUGCCUCGACGUAGCCAUCACCUUCAUGAUCUACGACAGCUUCAUGGAGCUCUUCAACAAGGUCUGGAAGUAAAGGCGAGACGAGGAAGUAAUGACAAAACUCAAGAGAGCGUGCAGAUUGUCGUGUGGUUGUUAUUGUUGGAUGUUCGGUUCCAAAAGAAUCAAUGCUUCUGGUUAUUGGGAUAUAUAUGUGAUGCUUUUGCAUAUGGGGACAAUGAAAUGAAUAUCAGAUGAUGUAUAUUUUUUAAGUCUCUACACCAUUCUCAUGGAGAGUUUUCCUAUAUAGUUUAUAUAUAAAAUAAUUGAGGUGUAGAGCAGAGUUGUUUUCUAUGGAUAUAAAACCAUAUAUGAAUA